CUAGACGGGAAGACGAUGGAUUACGCCGACGUCUCCAACACCUUUGUGCGCCUGGCGGACACGCACUUCGUGCAGAGGUGCCCGCUGGUCCCCGAAACCUCCCAGAGCCCUGACGCGCCACCUCCCCCGGCGCCCACCCUGGUGAUCAGCGAGAAGGACAUGUACGUCGUGCCCCGGCUGAACCUCGUAGGGAAAGGGAAGCGGAGGCGGUCGUGCGAUGAGGAAGAGAGCGGCGAACACAAGGCAAAAAAGCUGAAGCAAGAAGCAGAAAGCUCAGAGCCUCCCUCCGACGACGGCAUUUACUGGCAAGUCAACAUCGACCGCUUCCACCAGCACUUUCGCGACCAGGCGAUCAUCAGUGCCGUGGCCAACCGCAUGGAUCAGACCAGCAGCGAAAUCGUGCGGACGAUGCUGCGGAUGAGCGAGGUCACCACGUCCUCCAGCGCACCGUACACCCAGCCGCUCUCCUCCAACGAGAUAUUCCGGUCUCUUCCAGCCGGAUACAACAUCGCGAAGCAAGUUCUGGACCAGUACCUCACCCUCUUGGCAGAUGACCCGCUCGAGUUUGUGGGGAAAUCCGGGGACAUGGCGACAGCGACGCUGGAGUCCAUCGUGGAGGAGAGGUUUGGUUCCCGCUGCGCCAGGAUAUUCCGCUUGCUCCUGCGGAAGAAGCAUUUGGAGCAGAAGCAGGUGGAGGAUUUUGCCAUGAUCCCGGCCAAGGAAGCCAAGGACAUGCUCUACAAAAUGCUGUCAGAGAAUUUCGUGGCCCUGCAGGAGAUCCCCAAGACGCCUGACCACGCGCCGUCCCGCACCUUCUACCUC